AUGGCCGCAAGGGGUGCUGGGACGGCAAUGGAGGCGCCGGAGACGGAGCACGACUGCCUGGUCCUAAGGCGAUGUGCCUACUUUGUGGAGAGAAAGAAGCGUUUCUGCAAGAUGAUCCCCGCUCCUGGGAGACGCUUUUGCGGAGAGCAUGGGCAGCAGGAGGAAGAAAAUGACAGAAAAAGAAUUCCAUGUCCUCUUGAUCCAAAACACACUGUAUAUGAAGACCAACUACAAAAACAUUUAAAAAAAUGUAAUUCAAGAGAGAAGCCAAAGCCAGUCUACUUUGUUCAAGAUAUUAAUGCAGGUUUCAAAGAUGUAGCAGAAAUACCAGAAAAACAAGUACCUAUCUCUUCUCUAUCCAGAGAAGAGCUGGAGGACUUAAUUAUGAAGUUGAAAAAAGCAAGUAACGGCCUGGAACUUCACCUUAAGGAACAAAUACUGUCCCACCAGGCUUUACAAGAAGCCUUAAAUGACCCAAAGAAUGGGGAAUCCGCUUUCAAACACUUGAAACAACAGGCUUCUAUUUUAGGUAACAUGGAAAAAUUACAUUUACUUGGUCCGGGAAGAUGUUUUGUUGAGUUUGGAGCUGGGCGAGGAAAGCUGUCUCAUUGGGUUGAUGUUGCCUUACAGAAUGUUGAAAACGUUCAGUUUUUGCUUGUGGAAAGGGCAACUACACGAUUCAAGGUGGAUGGAAAACAUAAAAGGAGAGAUUCUAUAUUUGAAAGGCUUCAAGUUGAUAUUCAACACUUAUGUUUAAAGAAGGUACCUAUUUUGGAGAAGAAAAAACUACCAGUGGUAGGAAUUGGGAAGCACUUGUGUGGUGCUGCAACAGAUCUUGCUUUGAGAUGCUUGGUUGAAAGUUAUACAACUUGCUGUGAUGGAGAACAUGAAGAGCCUGCACUAAAACGUUCUAGGACUGAUAAGACAGAGGUGGCUUCAAUCAAUGCUGCUGAUAAUGAAGGCACCAAAGAAGACUGUAAACCUGUAGCUGGAAUUGUUAUUGCAUUGUGCUGCCAUCACAAAUGUGACUGGACACAUUAUGUAGGCAAAGACUUCUUUAAAUCAGUAGGACUUGGACCAGUAGAAUUUAAUUAUUUUCAGAGAAUGAGUAGCUGGGCCACUUGUGGCAUGCAAGAAACCACAACCAAAGUCUCUACAAGUGAAGAAAGUGAAGAUCAAACUAAUGACACAGAAGAACAUGAGCAAACCUUCAGCAAAACAGAGAGUGGUUCUGAUACUGUACAAGGGAUACUUACUGUUGAAGAACGAAAGGAGAUAGGUUGCCUCUGUAAACUGCUGAUUGAUCAUGGACGGGUUGAAUAUUUACAACAACGAGGAUACAAGGCUGCACUACAGUAUUAUACAGAGUCUGCUGUGUCCUUGGAGAAUGUCCUCUUGACAGCUGUUCCAAGUCCAUCUUUGAUACCAGAGCCAGCUAAAUAACAGGAGAUAGAUUUGGAAUUGGUAGGA